AUGCGGAUCAGCCUCCCACUGGCCCAGCGCCAGCUGCACACCCUCCCAAGUCUCCUUCUUCUCCUGCUGCGCGGCCCUCGCUUCCUCCUCAUCCAAACGCACGGCCUCCAUCCCGGCCGCUGGGGCCAGGCGCCAUGGCGGCGCCAGAAGGUGAUUAGGGAGAAGAGGAUGUUGUGGUACGAGUCAAGCGCCUGUUCUUCGAGAAGGAUGCGGGAGGUUGUUGUUGUUGUUGUUGUUGUUGUUGUUGUUGUUGUUGUUGUUGUUGUUGUUGUUGUUGUUGUUGUGGUGGUGGGAGUGGUGGUGGUGGCGUCAUCGUCAUCCAAGGGGAGGAGGUCGAAGAAGCGGUUGGCGAGGGCGAGAUUGUGGUAG